GCUCACUAUUCACAAUACAACAAAACCAAUUUCGCAAUCAUGACUUCAUGCGUAGCUUUUUUGCUUGUCACAAUUCUUGCGGUCGCUUCAGCUGCUCCAUCACCAUCCGGUCUUUGGGCUGGACAUGGAGUCGCCCUUGGAGGCCCGGUUCUCGGGCCAUCCGCUCUUGCUGGCCCAGUCCUUGGACCAACUUCUCAAGCUGGACCUCAAGUUGGACCUGCGAAAAUUUCCGGUGCAGUUGAUGGUGGGGCUGUGGUCACUGGAUCCAUUCAAGGUCCUUCUGUCGUUUCUGGCAGUGUCACUGGAGGAACUGCUGUCACUGGCUGGGGUGCACCUUGGGGUGCUGUAGGAGUCGCUCAUGCAGGUGUUGCUCACGGAGGUGUUUGGGGUGCAGCUCCAUGGGGUGCUGCAGUUGCUGCACCAUGGGAAGCUGCUCAUGGAGGUGUAUGGGGAGCAUCUCUAGCUGGACCAGUAGUAGGACCUGCUGCACUUUCUGGACCCAUUGCUGCCCCAGUUGUUAUUGCUGGACCAUCUGGAAGUAUUUCUUCUGGACACGGAGUAGCUCCUUUGAAUGCUCGUCUUGGUGUCCACUGGUAAACUUCGAUCAUCGAAAAUAAUGACUGAUUUCCCCCACGACCGCGAACUCAUGAUAUUCAUUGAGGACGGCACGAUCUCCAUUUGUCACCACGAGUACCUCUCGAUGCAAUUUUGUUGCGUUUUCUAGGUUUACAUAACAAAGGUUCAUUAUUAUAUAUAUAUAUAUUUCGUAAUAAAGAGCAUACCAAUUAAAA